UCCUGCGCUCAGGCGCGACUUUAAUAGAACUGGUGGUUUUGGCGUGCAGACCGCUCGCAUUCAGAACAAUGAGAAGGAACCCUAAGACACUGAGCCGUCUCACUGCAUAGCAGAACAGAAACUGGCCUGCAAACAGACAUGCAGAUGGACAAGCUUCCUGCGUGGCUGAACUCUGUGAUCUGUGGGCUCCUGCUUCUCUUCAUCUGCAGCCAAGCCCAGGACUCUGCCAGCCCCAUCCGGACCACAAACAUAGGGCAAGUGCGGGGCAGCCUUGUCCACGUGAAAGGCCCCAAUGCAGGGGUCCACACCUUCCUGGGAAUUCCCUUUGCCAAACCACCUGUAGGACCUUUGCGGUUUGCACCUCCUGAAGCCCCUGAGCCCUGGAGUGGUGUGAAGGAUGGGACCUCCCACCCUGCUAUGUGUCUGCAAGAUACUCACAUCACUGUUUCAGGGGGUGAGAAGUUAUUUAAUUUGACUGCACCUCCUCUCUCCAUGUCUGAGGACUGCCUUUACCUCAACAUCUACACACCUGCCCAUGCCCAUGAGAGAUCUAGCCUGCCUGUGAUGGUAUGGAUCCAUGGCGGUGGGCUGAUUGUAGGCAUGGCUUCUGUGUAUGAUGGAUCCAUGCUGGCAGCUUAUGAGGAUGUGGUGGUGGUCAUUAUCCAGUACCGCCUAGGUCUCCUGGGCUUCUUUAGCACUGGAGACCAGCAUGCUACUGGCAACUGGGGCUAUCUGGACCAAGUCGCGGCCCUACGCUGGGUUCAGCAGAACAUUGCUCACUUCGGAGGCAACCCUGACCGUGUCACCAUUUUUGGCGAGUCAGCAGGUGGCAUAAGCGUGUCCUCACAUGUCUUAUCUCCCAUGUCCCGAGGACUCUUCCAUGGUGCCAUCAUGGAGAGUGGAGUGGCUGUGAUGCCUGGCUUCAUCUCCAGCUCAUCUGAGGCUAUUUCCACAAUGGUGGCCAACAUAUCUGGCUGUGGGGUUGUUGAUUCAGAGGCUAUGGUGAGAUGCCUACGUGGCAAGAGUGAAGAGGAGAUUCUGGCCAUUACAAAGAACUUCAUGGCCAUUCCUGCUGUAGUAGAUGGAAACUUUCUGCCCAGGCACCCCCAGGAGCUCCUGGCCUCUGCUGACUUUCAGCCUGUCCCCAGCAUUAUUGGUGUCAACAAUGAUGAGUAUGGUUGGAUCAUCUCCUCGGUUAUUGGCUCUGCUGACAGCCAGAAGAAAAUGAAUAGAGAGUCUGUGCAGGCUGUUUUGCAGAGCAUGCUAACACAAUUGAUGUUGCCUGCUGAGUUUGGUGACCUGUUGAUGGAAGAGUACAUGGGGGAUAAUGAGGACCCCCAGACCCUCCAAGUCCAGUAUAAUGAGAUGAUCGGAGACUCUAUGUUCGUGAUUCCUGCACUCAAAGUAGCACAUUUGCACCGUUCCCAUGCCACCGUCUACUUCUAUGAAUUCCAGCAUCCUCUCAACUUCCUCAAAAACACCAGGCCACCCCAUGUGAAGGCUGAUCAUGGUGAUGAGGUUCCCUUUGUCUUUGGAAACUUCUUUUGGGGUAACCAAGCUCACUUCACUGAAGAGGAAAAGCUACUGAACAGGAAGGUGAUGAAGUACUGGGCCAACUUUGCACGAAAUGGGAACCCCAAUGGUGAGGGCCUGCCCCACUGGCCUGCACUAGACCAUGAGGAGCUGUACCUGAAGCUGGAUAUUGAGCCUACUGUGGGCCGUGCCCUGAAGGCCUCCAGGCUGAAGUUCUGGACAGAGACCCUGCCCCGGAAGAUCCAGGAGCUAAAAGGGGCUGGGGAGAAGCACACAGAGCUGUAACUCCCUGUGUGGGAGGGAAGGGUGGGCGUAAGUGCAGGUAGGGUCUGCCUAUACACACCCACACACUCACAGCCAUUCAUCCUUCAGCCAUCCAUCCAUUCAGCCCUCGCUGCCUAAUGUUGCCAAGCCUAUCUUGUGUCUUAUGAUUUGUAUCUAGAAGUCUCUCUAAAGCCUUAAGUGGUCAUAGCUGGGGUUUUCAAAAGAUUACUGGAUCUAGGGUAUGUGACGCUAGUAUUGAUUCAUGGUGUGAUGCUAGAUUAAGGGUGCCCCACCCUGGGUGUGACUGAUACCUGCCAUGAGAGUGAGUAGUCUGGGUAAGAUAUAAGGGACAGGAUAUAAGGGAUAUAAAGCUUGCUGCGGUCACUUGUCAUUUGCUGCUUGCUGCCUCCUUCCUGGUGUGAACUAUUUCUCCUCUGUGAUUCACCUCUGCCAUGACAACUUGCCUUGCAGCCAGUCAACUAUGGACCUAAACCUGUACACACUGUGAGCCAAAAUAACCUUUCCUCCUUUAACUCUGGGUGUUGGGUAUUUUGUGUCAGCAAAAAGAAAAGUAACCAAGAUACCCAGGAAGCUGUGGAUGGCAAGUCCCAAUGGACAUCCACUUUCCUCCACCUCCACACUGGAUCUGGACCCCUUUUCAUUUUCUUACUGUAUCUUCAUGCCUCUACUUUUUGACUUACCAGCCCCCGCCCUUGCCUGAGAUGAAAGUGAUGCCCAAGAAUGUUAUCCGCACCUGGGUGUCAAAAUUCUUUUUACCUCUCAAUAAUUCCAUCUGUGUUCAUAUCUAUAUAGGCCAACAGAAAGCCAGAUUACAUGAACCUAGGCUCUUUGUAUGUCCAGGCUGCUGUAAAACAGUAUCAUAAGCUGGGUGGCUUCUAAACAGCAGAGAUUUGUUUACAGAUCAGGAAACUAAGAAGUGGACAACAGUAUACUAGCAGACUUGACUUGUUCUCUGGCUCAUAGAUGCCACCUUCUCACUGUGGCCACGCUUGGUAGAAGGGGUAAAACAAUAGCCCUCAUGACCUUAUUACCUCUUAAGGGCUUCACCUAUCUGACCAUCAAAUUAGAGAUUAGGUUUCAGCUUUUGAAUCUGGGGGUUGUCACCAGGUUGAAAGAGCAUACCUAGAGUUCUCCAAGGUUGCCAACUACUGAAAAUGUCUUUAUUCAUCCCACCCAUAUUAAAUAUCACCUACAAUUAACUUGUCAAACAACUCACUCACCUCUCUUUCUGUCCAGAGAAGUUACAGGCUCCGUUUUUGUGAGAGUCAGUACUGCUAAUGUCCGCUUGCCCUUGGAGCCUGCACCAGUUGGUUCAGGAGAGCAGCCAGGUCCUCAAUGAGUGGUCUGUUGAAGUUUACUCGUUUUCAUGGUUUCUGCCGACAAUGUUAGGUCCACAUAUACGUGAUCAUUGUGGACCAGCAAAAAGGUUUCUGUCAGAUGUUCUAGAAGUAGUAUUGGAAAGUCUACAUAUGUAUAGCUGAGAAUAUUCCAUUCCCUGGCUCCCUGGUGGUCUCUACACUCAGGCAGAUUUUGAGAAUUCCCCUUGAAUUUUUUGCAAUGAGGAGAAUUCCUCCUUAUUAUGUGUUUCCUAUCAUUUUUGGUCAUGAGUGUGACUAGUUUUCACUUUAUUGUUUUUCCUAAACUGUUUUUUUGACUCUCCAAUAAAAACUUAUUAUGUA